ACCGUAAAGCUAGACGUGUACUUGUCGCAUUGUUGUCAUGUAGUUUCAUCAGAAUCGGGAAAUGAGUGUUUACAACUUUACACCGAACUUACCGAGUGCUGCCUGUCGUCCGUAUAACGUUAAUCGUUACUAAUGUGUUUAAGGAACAAUGUCGUCGAAUUUGAUGUUAGAUUUCAUGAAUCCAUCGAUGAUGAAUAAGGAAGCGGAGGAUAUUUCCAUCGAUCAGGAUGGAGAGUGGGAUAUCAGUUUGUUUGAUGACCUGGAUGGGCUUGGUGAUGCUGAUGAACUCCUACAGGCGCUAGUGGAGAGUGUCAGCUAUGACAACCCUGCCACUGACCUUAACUUUGACAUUGGGGAUCCAGGGUGGACCCCAAAUGGCUGGAGAGAAAACGCCAGCCCUCCAUCUGAUGGGGAUGUAACGGCGAACUCACUUUCACCGAACCACACUCUCAGUUCUGUGUCCUCGCCAGCUUCAGUGGAGCCGUGCUCCCCAUACUCCUCUACACUUGAUGAGGUGCAUUCUCCACUGUCUUGGAAUUCUCAACCCUCCCCGCUCUCUGUGUGCUCCGACUCCAGUGGAUUUUCUGAGAUCCCCGUCGAAAAGAAGCCACCUAAGAGGACCAAUCAGACCCUGAAAGCAAAGCCUCUCCAGGCAGCUAAGAGACCCAUCCAGACCAGCACCAAGGUUUCCAUUCAGCCUAAACCGCUCAUUACCGCACUGCCCAUCACCCAUGCUGCAGCAUCCCUUCAAGCAAAAACAAUCAUCAUCCAGCCUCUUCAGACCACAAUCCUCCAGAAACCUUCACCAGUCACCAUUCAGCCAGCACCCUCUGCAGGUCGACCCAUGUUGCUAACUCAGCCUGCUCAGGUGGUCCAACUGCAAACGCAGGCAGUGACAACGCGUGUGGUCACCGUACCAACGCUUGCUCAGGACAGACCCGCAACAGCCUCUCAAGUGGUUGCCAUGACACUCUCGAACUCCACCCCUGAGGAUGAUUCGAGUGGGUGUCGAAGGCAGCAGCGCAUGAUCAAGAACAGGGAGUCUGCGGCAAUCUCUCGGAAGAAGAAGAAAGAGUACCUGUUGACCCUGGAAGCCCGUCUAAACAUGGCGCUGUCAGAGAACGAGAAGCUGAAAAAUGAAAACGGCACGUUGAAAAGACAGCUGGAGGGGCUGAUGAGUGAGAACUCCGUGCUGAAUGCAACAGCUCCUAAAAGAAGGGCCGUGUGUCUUAUGGUGGUCCUGGUCUUCCUAGUCGUUAACUUGGGUCCAAUAAGUCUGCUUGGUGGAAACCAAGAGUCCACUUUUCCCGCCGCCCCUUCGACCGGUGGCCGACACCUGCUGGGUUUUUCCGUAGAGUCUGAGAGAAACGUGGAGUCAAACAUGCCUGAGACUGAUCCCUCCAAUGUUGUUAACAGGUUGGAGGAUGUGGGAUCAGAGCAGAAGGCGUUGAUGGUGGUAAAGAGGGAACCUCUGUAUUUUCGAGAUCCACCUUCUUGCCAGCCGCCCGUCAACAGGACCAAGUGCAUGAAGAUAGCAAAUGAACUAAGGGGCUGGGUACAUCGCCAUGAGGUUGAACGCACCAAAACCCGUCGCAUGAGCAACACUCAUCUCAGAGGCAGAACCAUGCCGAAAGUUGUAGAUAAACCGGUUUCACAGAUAGUGACUGAGAUCCAGUACAGGGAUUCAUCUGAGAAGAAUCCCAGCAGUGAGCUGCAGGUGUACUACGCCCCCCACCGCACCUACAAUGACUUCUUUGAUGAGCUCAACAGAAGAGGGGACACAUUCUACGUGAUCUCUUUCCGCCGGGAUCACCUUCUUCUUCCCGCCACCAGCCACAACAAAGGAAGCCGUCCCAAGAUGUCUCUGGUCCUGCCAGCUAUGAAUUAUAAUUCUAACGAUAGCGUCCUUAAAGACAAAGAGUUUGAGGUGAUGAUGCAGAUCGACUGUGAAGUCAUGGACACAAGGAUCCUCCACAUCAAAUCGUCUAGUAUUCCACCCAUCUUGCGUGUCAAUCAAACGGAUUCUAUAUAUCACCCGGCCCCCAGCAACAGCCAGCCCGCGACCCCUGUCGGAGUUCUGAUGGGUUCCUCUUAAUCCAGGCAAUCUUUCCACGAUAAAUGCAAUCUUGCCAUUUUAUGAAUUUUGUCUUUUUUUUGGGACUGGUAUGAUACAAAAUAAGUUAGACUCCAGUCUUAUUCCUAAACUUUGUUUUCAAAGGCUUCUUACUGUUACUUUGAUUUCGUAAAAAUUGCAACACAGAACAGGUUGUCACACCCCUUUUUAUGUGUCUUGAGUGAUGUGCUUCACUUCUGUUAUUUGUGGUAGUUAUCAAGGAAAUUGUCUUUGAUUUUGUUUGCACUGUUUUUGUUGCUUUGGAAAAUUAACUGAAGUGAAUAUUUACGAAAUUUUAUCAUUAGUACCAAGCUUGUUUGGUACACAGGUAAGGCCUUUGUUUAAUUCUACUAUCUUCACUGAACCAGCAUUGGCAGCGAGCCUUCUUUCUAUAGAUGUGACUAGCGAAUAGAAAAAAAUAUAGAAAGCAAUCUUUUCAUUUAGGACACUGGUGUAUUUAUAUUUCCAAAGAAGAGUGUUUAGGAAUAUAUUUUAGGAUGUUUAGAUAAUUGUUUUGACUUGUUUAGUCUCUGUGGGUUAAUAAGAGCCAUUUAAUUUUGCCAUUUAAAUGAAAUGCACCUGACAAAUAUAAGUUUUGCCUGAUAUUUCCUGUUUUAUUGUAUUUACCAUGAUUGAAGUUGAAGUUUUUUAUUUCCUUGAAUCCCCUUUUCCCGCAAUAAAUAUUUUGUAAAAUGUCUUGUUCUCAUAUGACAGAAAUGAAAGCAAUUUUGUUACAAUGCAAAGAAAUAAACACUGGACAAAUACUA